GGAGGAGUAAGUGUGAUUGUGUGAUACUUGUGGUGGCCCCUUGUGGUAACUAGCCACCGACCGAGACUGAAGAUUGGCAUGGAAUUGCAACAACAUUUCAAAACGACAUCCCUACUAGGCUGCAUGAGACGGGACGUGGAGUGGAGUGGAUCGGAGUGGAAGGUGGCUGUGUUCUCUCGGCACAUCUCAUUCCCUGCAAUUGACGACAAGAUACUAUCUAGUUGUUCCAUCCACCAUCCUGUCUGGACGAUAUCAACUUAGGGCUUGGUCUGGGCACGGGAGCUCGUCCGAUAUGCAUGUGUGACGGAGUUUCAGCGGGUUCUCCCCUCGCGGAGGACUGAUUCUUUUCUUAUUUUUUUAUUUAUUUAUAUAUUUUUUGAUGUUCUUUUCUAUUUUAGUUUCUUUUCUUUUUCCAUUCCAUGCAGGGUGUCGGGUAUAUAACAACACCACCCGCGUCACCCGCUCUGCUGAAGAGGUGGUUUGGUCAGUAUUCGCUGGCUCUGGCUCCCUGCAUUCGUUUGCCAUGGUGCAGCCACACGCCCAUCCGCCUUCUCUCUCUACUCUUUCACCCAUCUCGAAUUGAGAUACUACCCAUAGGGUAGGCGAUGGGAAGAAUGGACCAUUUCUUUCUGGUCCUCCUGGGGCUCGCAUCCCUGCCACUUGUACUGGCAGCCUCUAAGCCCGACUGCUCAAACCCCAUUGAAAUUCGCUCUCAAGCAGACGCCACCUCCCUCUCAUCUUGCGACACCAUCUCCGGCACUCUAACCAUCUCCUCCGCCGCCUCGGGCUCCAUUACCCUCUCUAAUGUCGAGACUCUUCGCUCUGGCCUGACCAUCGACAAUACAGACCGUCUUGAAUCAUUUAUCGCUCCUGACUUGGAAACCGUGACUGGCCUGCUCAGCGUUCGCAACAAUAAGGCUCUCGCCUCGCUGCAACUUGAAAGCCUGGGGAAUGUUGACGGUGAGGUCCGCAUUCGCGCCAAUCCGCAUCUCACCAACCUGCGCUUGAAUGAACUGGACCAGGUCGCGGGGGGGUUAUAUCUUGAUGGACCGUUUGACACAAUAUCCUUCCCCAACCUCGACUCCGUCCAAGGCGCAACCGAAAUCACCUCCUCCGGAUCUCUAAACUGCGACUCCCUCUCCCCCUCCGAAGACAACGACAACUCCGACGUCUUCAACGGCUCCUUCUCCUGCUCAAACUCCUCGAACACCCUCUCCCCAGGCGCCAAAGCCGGCAUCGCCAUCGCUGUGAUAGUAGUCGUCGCUAUAAUCGCUGUUUUAAUAUGGCUUUACUACCGGCGCAGAAAGCGUCGUCGUCUUGAUGCUGCCGCUGCCGCAGCAGAUAAAUCGCCCCCUUCAGCAACGCCAGCAACUCCCCCAGACAAUGACAAUAAACCCUCCAGCGACGGCGACGUCGACGUCGAGAAGGAUGCCCCGGCGUCUAUUCCACGCAAGCCACUGUCGUUGCCUUCUCCUCCACCACCCCCUCCACCAAUAGGCGAAGGGCGCAAUAAUUUACCCCCUUCGCUGAUACCUGGGAUCCCCAGGGAUGUGCCCCAACCACCACCUAGUGAAACGGAUGUGCCCAUGUUGGAUAGUGAACACGUGCAUGAAGCGCCGGGUGAGAGAGAUCGUGAGCGUGACGCGGGGCCGUUUGAGCUUGAAGCCCCUGUGAGAGGAUUGCAUAUGCGUGUGCUUGAGCCUCAUGUUGCUGUAUAGGGGGUUUUUGGGAUGGUAUCGGAUGGUAUGGUGUAUAUUGGGGUUUGGGGUGGGGGAUGGAUGUAU